AUGAAAACAUCAGAUCACUUUUGUUUAUACGUCAAUAUCAAGAAAAAAUUCAGUAACAUUGAAUAUAAACGUAUAUAUUUAUCUAAAUUAGCAUCUUAAUAUCACUCAGAAUAAAACACAUGUAACAGGUUUGUGAUAUUCAAUUACAUGAACAGUUAUAUAUUUACAUACAUCAAAAUAAAGUUAAGAGAAAUAGACUCCAAGCUAUAUCCAAGCCUUGUAUUAGAAAGAUAUAUCUUAUUCUAAUAUAUAUACAGUUACUCAUUCUUAUACAAAUUAAUUACAAAUCAAUUAGGAGUCCAAGCUGUAACCAGGCUUGAUGAACCUAAUUAAAACCUGACUGCUCUUUCCAGUAAUGACCAAGCCAGCUAAUGUUAAUUAUCAUUGACCAAUAAUUAACAAUUAUUACUGAACAAAAGAACCAUCAUCACUUUCAUCAAGGUAAUAAUUGCUUUUAUUACCUAUAUCAAAGUGAACAUGAUUGAAGAUGAAAGAAACAAUGAUCAGCUAAUCAAAUUCAAUAAAUUUUCUUGAUUGACCAAUGAGAUCACCUAAAAAUCAAUUAAAUUGCUAGAGCCAAUGAAAUUUAACAACUAUGUAUUCUUACACGCAGAGAGAAUAUAAAAAUGGCAUACUUUAUUGACUUUACAACACAGCUUCAAGCAAACUCAUCUGAUCACUCGAGGUCUCAUUUCUAUUGUUCUAUACUUAUAAACUUGUGUUUCUCUAUCUGUUACAGAUAUGGCUACUAUCACAGACUCCCAGCUCCUCCAGUAUGCCACAGAGCUCAGGAAUCUACUCAUCUCUUAUGAGAAGGCCAACCAACAGAUUUCUACUCUGGACUCGUACAUCCAGCACCUGACCCAGCAGACCUUCAGGUCCACUCUACAAGAUUCCACCCCCCUGGCCAUCCGCCAUCUCACCAAGAAGUCCAUCGCCAGCGGAAUCAAGAAGGUCUACCAGCAGGUCUCCACCCAGAAGUGGAAGAGAGUUACAGAGUUGUCUGUCCUUGUCCUCCAGCAGCUGGACUCCCCAGACGUCCAGCCAGAACCCCCCACCACCAGUGCAGGAAGGUCAGCUGAGAUGGACGAGAUGGCCCCCCUCACCACCCAGAGUUUCUGUGAGCUGUACCGUAGUGCCUGAUGUCCCUGUGUUUUGUGAUUAACUGUCUGUGAUUGGAGAAGCCUUCUGUGAUUUGUGAUAUAUCUUUGUGAAUUGUUGUGAUGUGCUGUUCUGAGUUAGUGCUUGUGUUUGUUUGUAAGUGCUCAAUUUGUGCUGUUGUCAAUAUAUUAUAAAUGCCA